GAGAGGACCAGAAAUCUGCAGCUCUCCCAGAAUGAAGAGAUCAACAUGAUGCUGCCUCCAAACGGGGAUUAAACAAUCUGUCAUCAGUUUGGGUCUGGUCUGGUUCCGUGCGCCUCCUCCUCCUCUUCCUCCGCUGCCUGUGUGGGGAGACAUGCCGUCGCUGAGCAUCUACUGACUGACCACCAUGAUGAAGACCGAAUCCGCAUCAUCAUCGUCAACAUCCAAGAGCACCACGCUCCGGAGCCCGUCCCCGCACAGGAACGCCUACGAGGCGGGGAUGCAGGCCCUGAAGCCCGUCAAAGACAGCGCGGCCAACGGGGACGUGCAGGAGGGUCCCCGGGGCCGCAGGUACGGCUCCAACGUGCACCGCAUCAAAAACAUGUUCCAGCAGAUGCAGACCACCACGGCGGGCUGCACCGCCGCGGGCGACGCGGAGGGAGGGGAGGACGCCGUCGUGAAGAACGCCGACAAAUCGGUGCGCCUGUCCCUCCCCAGAGCCGGCAGCCUGAAUGAGAACGUGGACCACAGCGCGCUCCUGAAGCUCGGCUCCACCGUGUCGGAGCGCGUCGGCAAAUUCGACCCCAAGUCUGAGAACGGGCACCAGCGGGCCUCCUCACCCAGCUACUCCAAGCUGCAGGAGACCCGCCGCAUCUUCGAGCAGCAGCAGCAGGAGAGGCUGUCCACCACCAGAGUCCUCCUGAAGGCAGAGAAGGCCCCGGGCUUCCAGGAUGGCAGGCUGGACAUGGUGUCCCGCUUCAAUGGCAGCACGGAGUCCCUGGACAGCCUGGACACCAGUGAAGCCGUGUCCCCCACGGUCAGCCAGCUCAGUGCUGUGUUUGAGAGGGCAGCUGAGCUCCGGAACAACCUCCACCGCCUCUCCUCCACACCUCCACUCCCCUCCAGGGGGGUCAGCACCAAGGUGGGGGUGUUGAACUCAAAGAUAAUCACCAAGAGGGUCAGUGCCUUUGCAUCAGGCAACCAAGAGGAGGACAUAAGCAAUCAGAAGGGCCUGGAGACGCCUCCAAGAGGCCUUAGAGGACGGGUAACCCCCCCAUCCGAGAGCAUUAAUGGUGGCCGGAGUGUUGACUCAUCUGCUGAACUUUCAGGCCACGAAGAAAAGACGAACACCCAGAGAGGAAAAACGGUUGCAGAUGCUGGCGUCGAGGCCAAAACUGGAGUGAAACCCAGGGAGCGAUCCGGGGCCAAGGAGCCCAACAGCACAACGGAGAACCUGGAGGACAGAGAACCUGCUGAGGCACGAAGCUCUCCACAAACUGACGAGACACUCCGGCAGGAGGGGGACACGGAUGCUGCUGAGGAGGAGGACAGGACUGUGAUCACGUCUGUGGAUAUCAGUACCUACAGCGCUGCGGGGGACGACUACGAAGACGGCCAGAAGCACGAGGAGGAGGAGGAGGAGGAAUACGAGGAGCACUAUGAGCCUGAGUCCAGCUGUGUGGAGAUUCCAGGGCUGGCCAUGGAAGAGGACCCCCCUCCUGCGAGGAAGAUCCGCUUCAGCAUAGAGCCCAUCAAGGUGUUUGCCACCUAUCCCAACGAGGACUACGACAGGCGCAAUGAAGACGUGGAUCCCAUGGCAGCGUCAGCAGAGUAUGAGCUGGAGAAGAGGGUGGAGAGGCUGGAACUGUUCCCUGUGGAGCUGGAGAAAGACGACGACGGUCUGGGCAUCAGCAUCAUUGGGAUGGGUGCUGGGGCUGACAUGGGCCUGGAGAAACUGGGCAUCUUUGUGAAGACGGUCACCGACGGAGGAGCAGCGCACAGAGACGGCAGGAUCCAGGUGAACGAUCUGAUUGUGGAGGUGGACGGGACCAGUUUGGUGGGAGUCACACAAAGCUUUGCUGCCUCCGUGCUCAGGAACACCUCAGGAACUGUCAAGUUUGUGAUUGGCCGAGAGAAGCCGGGCGAGCAGAGCGAAGUGGCCCAGCUCAUCCAGCAGACACUGGAGCAGGAGCGCUGGCAGAGGGAGAUGAUGGAGCAGCGCUACAACCAGUACAUGGACGAACAGGAGGGCGGUGAAUACGGCACAGAUGAGGAGGAAGAUGAGGAUGAGGAGGCCAGUCCGCCGUAUCCCAGCGCCAUCGAGGUGUUUGACCUGGCAGAGAACGAGGACAUGUCCCCUCUGGAGACGGACCCCGAGAAGCUCGCCCAUAAAUACAAAGAGCUCCACAUAAAACAUGCUGUGACACAGGCCGAGAUCCAGCAGCUGAAAAGAAAGCUGCACCACGCGGAGCAGGAGAAGCAGCGCUGGCGGAUGGACAAAGCCCAGCUGGAGCAGACGCUGCAGGAGAACAAGGAGCGGAUGGAGAAGCUGGAAGGCUACUGGAUGGAGGCUCAGAGCUUGUGCCAGGCGGUGGACGAGCACCUGAAGGAGACUCAGACCCAGUACCAGGCUCUGGAGCGCAAAUACAGUAAAGCCAAACGCCUCAUCAAGGAGUAUCAGCAGAAGGAGAUUGAAUACCUGAAGAAGGAGACUCAGCGUUGUGCACAAGUUGGAGCUGAGGCCUCCAUUUUGAAGGAGGAGUCGGGACAACUCCAGGAACAGGUGGCCGAUCUGGAGUGCAGGGUGGAGGAGCUGAAGUCCGAACCUUUAUAAGCCUUUUUUUUCCCGUUCCGUGUUAAACUUUUCCGGAUGAAGCGGCGUGUCGUUGCACUGAGCUGCAGGGUAUCUGUCUCCAACACGAGCCUGGUCGUAUGCUCGGUCCUUUGGCCUUGUGUUUCAGACACUUUUAACCUCGUUUUUCCGUUGACACCGAUCAAAGGAGGAAGUUUUGUCGUCUUAAGGACAAACCGUUGAGUGCUAAAUGUAUCAUUCUUCUUCAAGCCCCAGAUUUCAGUAUUUCUUUCCUCUUAAUUUGUUGUUUUGUGACCAACCAAGCAUUUAAUUGCCAAA